UUCUUCGGCGGGUUUUUUGUAUGCAGCCCGUUACAUCGACCCCAGGCCGACAGGUUUGAGAGGUUCGCACCCCGCCAUGGGACCCGGCCAUGGGCCCACGGCCACCAGCCAUUGCGACAGUGGACGCCGCAGGAGCAGCACUUCACAACUUUCUUUCUUACCAGGCAAGCAUAAAAAUGAGGAGCUGGCUGAUCUGCUUGUGCGUGCUGACGGUGGUGGUGACAUGCCACUCGCAGGCCCCCAAUCGCUAUGAGAACUUCAACGCAGACGCCAUCAUCCAGAACGACAGGAUCCUCUUGGCGUACUACAAGUGCGUCAUGGACAAAGGACCCUGCACGAGGGAUGGGAAGAACUUUAAACGCGUACUCCCAGAAACAUUAGCCACCGCCUGCGGUCGCUGCAACCCCAAACAGAAGACGAUCGUGCGAAAACUACUCCUCGGCAUCAGAUCCAAGAGCGAGCCUCGUUUCCUCGAACUGCUUGACAAGUACAACCCUGAUCGCUCCAAUAGAGAUGCCCUAUACGCCUUCUUAGUCACCGGCAACUAAGCUAAGAAAGAAAUCACCCAAGUUCAUAACAGUAAUUUGCUCAAACUGACCAGUUUAUUUUGUAAAGCGUUUUCGAUCAAUGACUAAUUACCGUAUCAGGUCUGACCGACCAGUUUGGUGAUACCGUUGCUUUUACAGUAUGAUAUUAAUUAAUUAUUGUUUUGUUAACAUCCAAAAUAAGUAGCACGUUAGUGCUGUUUGCGAAGACUCCGUAAGAUAUUCAUGGAAUUUGUUUUAAGAAAAUCUUUGAAAUCUGUUAAAAUGCAUUUAUAAUUUAUUGAAUUGGUUUCAAUUAUAGAUAGUUUUAAGUUUAAGGAUAAGGUAAUAUAAAAGAUAUUAAGUAUAAAAUA